AUGAUCCUUGCCAUAAGCGAGCCGUCCGAUCAUCGAACUUCUAUCGCAAAAUACUCAUAUGCUACGGCAGGUCAAAUUCAUGAAGCCAUAGAGGUUGCCCUCGAAGCACGGAUACCAUGGGAGAGAAAACCGUUGAAGGGUUGUCUUUCAGAGAACGAGCCGAUAUUCCUGCUGCAUGCAGCCGACCUGGCUGCUGGGAAAUAUCGAAUGAAGCUCAACGCGGCAACCAUGCUUGGUCAGGGAAAGAACAUCGUUCAGGCUGAAAUAGACUCUGCCUGUGAGUUGAUAGACUUCUUCCGGUUCAACUCCAAAUUCGCCUUGGACUUGGACAAAUAUGAACCAAUAAGUACUAAAAUCAGUACCAAUAAAUUGGUCUACCGAGGUUUGGAGGGUUUCGUUUUGGCCGUUGCACCAUUCAACUUUACAGCGAUUGGUGGAAACUUGGCGUCGUCACCCGUUUUGAUGGUGAAUACUAUGAUUUUCAAAGAUCUUGGGCAUUAUAUAGAUGUAGAAUACCUGACUCAGGGUAAUGUUGUUCUAUGGAAACCUUCUCGUACAGCGGUCCUCAGCAAUUAUGUCGUAUAUGAGGUGUUGGAGGAAGCCGGUGUUCCUCCGGGUGUGCUCUCAUAUCUCCCGUCCCGUGGAGCUGAUUUUGGUCAAAUCAUCUUCAGCAAUGCUGUCAACUUCACUGGCUCUGUGCCAACAUUCCAAGAAAUUUGGCGAAAAGUUGCUGAAAACCUCGACAAGUAUAUAACGUUUCCACGGCUCGUUGGAGGUAAUGUGGCGGAAAGAAUUUCCAUUUCGUGCAUCCUUCAGCAAACGCAGAUGUGGCACGGUUCGUUCCGCUUGGGAAUACGGUGGUCAAAAAUGCUCAGCAUGUUCACGGCUAUACGUCCGAAAAGUCGAUGGCAAGAAAUUUUCAAGAAAAUUUCAGAGAUUCACAAGCAAAUUAAGAUCGGCGAUGUACGAGACCCCUCGAUUUUCUUUUCCGCUGUGAUCGACAAGGGUUCCUAUGAUAACAUCAAGAGCUAUAUAGAUUAUGCCAAGAGUGGCGCAGAUGGAGCAGAAAUUCUCCUUGGUGGGCACUGUGAUGACAGCAAAGGAUAUUUCAUUGAUGCUACUCUCAUAAAAACGACCAAUGUGAAGAGCCGGCUGAUAAGCGAAGAAAUUUUCGGACCUAUUCUCACAGUAUAUGUGUACGACGACGGCGAUCUUGAACCUCUCCUGAGUUCUAUAAAGGAUCACACUCCUUUCGGACUUACUGGCGCCGUCUUCGCAGAGGAUAAGAACUUUUUGGAUCAUGCUCGUACUGUUCUGCGUGAUGCGGUUGGAAACAUGUACUUCAACGACAAGUCUACUGGAGCAGUUGUAGGACAGCAACCUUUCGGUGGAGCCCGUAUGUCUGGAACUAAUGACAAAGCAGGAGGUCCUCACUAUGGCCUCAGAUGGACGUCUCCACUUACCAUCAAAGAAACAAAUGUCCCCCUUACUCAGUGGCGUUAUCCAUCAAUGGAUUGA